UUUCGCACUUGCAGUUAAUGAGUCGACAGGCGUCAAACACAGUGCGUAAUGCUUACCGUUACGAAAUCCGCAUCGGAUAGGCGCAGGUUCGAGACCCCGUAACCCGGAGAAUAGUUCGCGAAUUUGAGUGAGAGGUGAAAUUUCAGUGAUGCCAAGUGUACGAUUACGUAAAAACGAAACUACCUUAGUGACUAAGGAAUUUUUUCGCCUUGAAUCAGUCUAGAACUCCUCUGAAAAAUAUUUUUUUAGAGAGUCCCGGAAAUUUUGAAAAAAAUAAGCGAAGGCAACAAACUCUCAGUGAAAUAAACUUUUCGCGGUCCCUGAAAGUCAUCAAAAACUUAUAAUGAUGCUCGAACUACUCUCAACAUCCAUCGUUUCGGUGAAAUGAGUGCUCUAGAAAACCCCUGUGCGCGCAAGUAAAUCAGAAUGAGUGACUCGGAGACGGAUACACGGAGUGCGGCCAGUGACGUCCCCGAAACGGCCCCGAAAAUGGCGGGCGAGGACACAUCCGAGAGCGAGUGCGAAGUGAGCGACUCCGCGGCGACGACGAAAAAGUCGGACGAAGAAGAAGGAGUCUCGAACGGUGAAAGAAGUGAAGACGCCGGGACCGGGGAUCAGAAAGGAGGAGAGGAGGGGGAGAGCGGAUCAGGAGCCGAGGCGGAAAAGGGGGCUCCGCCCCCGGAACCCUCGGAGCCCCCGCCCCCCGCGCGGAUCUCCUACGCGGAGCGCUACAUUCCACGGGAAGAGAGGGAGCAGGUCCUGAAUGUUGACGAGGUUAUUCAUCACCUCCUCCAAGCCGGCCAGAAGGAGCAUAUCAGGAUGACCCUGUCGGAAUGGCAGAUCAAGCAGCUGUGCGUUGUGACGAGGGGCAUCAUAAUGGAGCAGCCGAUGCUUCUGGAGCUCGAGGCCCCGGUCAACGUCGUCGGGGACAUCCACGGGCAGUUCGACGAUCUGCUCAGACACUUCGACAGGGUCGGCUACCCGCCUAGGGCUAACUACUUGUUCCUUGGAGAUUAUGUGGAUAGGGGGAAAAAUUCUCUAGAAGCUAUCAGUCUCCUAUUAGCUUAUAAAAUCAAGUAUCCAAAUAAUUUUUUCCUCCUACGAGGGAAUCACGAAUGUGCCAGCAUAAAUAGAAUAUAUGGUUUUUACGAUGAAUGUAAAAGAAGGUAUACGAUAAAACUGUGGAAAACAUUCACCGAUCUCUUCAAUUGUUUGCCAAUCGCUGCCUUAAUAGAAAACACAAUAUUUUGUAUGCAUGGAGGAUUAUCUCCGCAGCUACGAGACUUAUAUCAGAUAAAGCGAAUUCAUAGACCUCUUAGUGUACCUGAUACUGGAUUAGCAUGUGACAUAUUAUGGUCGGACCCUGACGAGGGGGUGUUCGGGUGGGGUCAAAACGAGCGCGGCGUGAGCUACACGUUCGGUCCGGACGUGGUGCGGAGCUUCCUGAAGAAGCACAACUUCUCUCUCAUCGUGCGGGCCCACCAGGUGGUUGAGGACGGUUACCAGUUCUUCGCCAAGCGCUGCCUCGUCACCCUCUUCUCGGCGCCCAACUACUGCGGCGAGUUCGACAACGCCGCCGCCGUCAUGAUCGUCGCCGAUGACCUCACCUGCAGCUUCAGUAUCCUACCGCCUGACAAAAGAAAGCCGUCCAUUAUGUGCAAGAUGAGAUAAAGAAGCAUCAGCAAUCAGAGCGUUCGCCGAUCAAAGGGACAGUCGGAACGAUCCGUGAGAGAAUCGAAAGACAUCCAUCGGCGGAAACGGGAGAGGCACAAGACACCGAAGACAGAGGCGCAAGGGCUUGACUUUUAAGGAGUCCGAAACGCGCUUUAUCUUCGAAUUUGAUUGGCUGAUACAUUCUAUGCUUGUAGCUGAUUGGUUCUCGCGUGCUGGCACGCAGUGAGUUGGACGCUACCGGCGGCAUGGCGAGUACACGGAGCGUCGCAUCUCUGUUGAAUCCCUCUUUGUAAAAAGCCCCGAAGACUUAAGUGGAGUCUCGAGACUUAAUUUCCGCUUUCGGGCCACAAAAAUGAAUUCAUGGCAUGAUAGAUGCGUGACCAAUUAAAUGAAGUUUUUCUACCUUUCAAAAGCUUCAGUUUUUGCCCUGCACAUCUCUUGAAUAACUGAGAAAUAUUGAAUGUGAGGUCUCUAUUUUUCCUUCAGUAGCCGGGUUGCUACAAAAUUAAGAGAGUAGAGAUCGUGACUUUAGCGCAUGACUUAUCAUUUCAUCGAAGCUAAAACGGAAAUAGACGGUGGCGACUUGAAAAUUUGCAACACUGCUUUUCCUCCAUUUAAAUGUAUGUAAAACAAUCGAUUCUCAUUUUCGAUGAUUUCAAUGGAUUUAAAAAUACGAAAAACAGUGCUGCCAACUUGCAAAAUCGCCGCUGCAAAAAGAUUACACGAAACUCUGUCAACUCAAGAUUAGAGUGAAAAAAAUCGUGCGAUCAAUAUGUUCCCUUUUCCUAUUUUUAAUUGUUAGUUCCAGGGAGAAAGGGAGAGAGGGCACAUGAGCGCUAAUCUAUAAUGGCUUUUUGCCUUAUAUAGACGAUUUGAAAAUCAGUUUUUAAAAGUUCACGACUUUAUAUUGCUAUAAUUUAUAAUAAAGCAAUUGAAUAGGUAGCUGUAAUUAAAAUCUAGAGUUAUUCAUAAAAAAGAAGAAAAUAAUUUAACUUUUCUAAAAACUUGAUCUCUAUACUUUGCCAGCCCUGCUUCACCACAAUUCUGGUGUUUUAUUAAGUGAAGUUUACAUGUUGAAUUUUAGACAAAUUUCCUCUUCACGCCUAAAUAAUCAGUAUUUUGCCGAAUUUACUGUGGUAACAAUUAACACGUUUCGGCUUUAGGAUGUCUGUUUUACCUGGAUGUAACUUUGAAUAAUUAUGAUAACUAACAUUAAGUUCAUGUUGUAUUCAACUCGGUAUUUGCGAGAUUGAGAAAUUAACCAAAUGACCUUACUUUACCUUGACUAAAUUGAAAUGUACAUCAAAUUUAAUUAAAUUGGAAUAAAGAGAAUUGAAAUGAAUCGCGUCACCUACGAACUGAA